AUGCUUCCUAUUGAACUUGACAUACUAAAAAAAGUUCAUCAUAAAUAUAUAACAUCUUUACACGAUUUAUACGAGACUAAGGAUGGAGUGUAUAUCAUAACAGACUUGGCGUCUGGCGGAGAAUUGUUUAAUCAAUUAUUACUCAAAGGUUCAUAUACUGAAGAAGAUGCUGCAAAUCUGUUGAAACAAUUACUUGAAGGUGUUCAAUAUUUACACGAUUUGGAUAUAGUUCACAGAGAUUUAAAGCCCGAAAAUUUAUUAUUUAAAGAUAAAUCAGAUGAAGCAGAUAUAAUGAUAACAGAUUUUGGUUUAUCAAAGAUUUUAAAGAGUGAAGAUGAUGUACUGUUAACGGCAUGUGGAACACCUGGUUAUAUUGCACCAGAAGUUUUAUUGCAAGCUGGAUAUGGCAAGCCUGUUGAUAUUUGGAGUAUAGGUGUGAUAAUGUAUACAAUGUUAUGUGGUUAUACACCAUUUUGGGGUGAAGAUCAACCGGCUUUAUUUGAAUCCAUCAUGUCAGGUGAAUAUGAAUACGAAGAAGAAUAUUGGUCAGAAAUAUCGGAUUUAGCAAAGGAUUUAAUAGAUAAAUUGUUAACAUAUGAGCCUCAUAAAAGAAUAACAGUCCACGAAGCAUUGAAACAUCCUUGGUUCGAAUCAGCUAACAAAAUCGAUAUUCUUGAAAAGGUCAAAAGUAAUUUGUCGGCCAAAGAUAGAUUCAAAAGAGCAAUUCAUCUUGUACAAGAUAUUAACAGAAUGCUUAAAAAUAAAAAUUCAACCAACUAUGAUGACGAUAGCGACUAUGAAUUAAUCAAUGGAAAAGAAAUUGCCGCAGAUCUUCUACGACAAGAUCAAAAACAAAGUGGUGAAAAAAAAAUAAGGGAGCAAAUUAACAAUCAUUUUGAAAGUCUUGUAAUAAUAGAAAACAAAAUCACUUUGGUUAACUAA